GAGAACAGCAUGGAGCUGCCUCCGAUUAGUGCAUCCCGUGGUGCCAUGGGUUCCAUUUCGGGAAAGCUGGACGCGCUCCAGGAUACAGAGCACAAGGAUGAGAUCAGGAAGCUCAGGUCGCGGCUGCUGGCGCUCUCCAAGGCACGGGAUCCCCCAGUAACAGCGAGGAUCUGGAUGAAGGAUGUACGCGAACUAUCCUAUGACAUGGACAACUUUGUCGACACCGACGCAGAAUGGAUCCACAAGAUGUCAGGAUUCAAGGCUCGAGCCAAGGACACCAAUGGACGGUACGACAGGUACAACCUCGAGAGCGUCCCCAGCCGUAUGAACAUCGCUACGAUUCCAAUGGUGGACGCCGGCCGGAAGACAGAUCUGGUCGUCGGCCUUGAUGGCGAGGGCGGCGCCUUCGAGACGAUCUGCAACACUCUGGCCGACGGGGAUGAGCAGCUCAAGGUGCUAUCCGUUGUCGGCGUAGGAGGAAUCGGGAAGACCACGCUUGCCAAACAGCUAUGGCGUGAGCACAAGCUCGGGGACCACUUCCGCUGCCGGGCUUUUGUGCGGACGGCCAAGAAACCUGACAUGAGGAGGGUCCUCAGAAGCAUACUCGCGCAAGUUCGUCCGGACCAACCACCCGACGCCAGCGAGGUGCACCACCUCAUUCACGACCUCACACAACAUCUACAGAAUAAAAGGUAUUUUAUUAUAAUCGACGACCUAUGGCAUACAUCAGUGUGGGAUGUUGCUUCCUGUGCUUUCCUGGAGGGCAAUCACGGAAGCAGGAUAAUAACAACAACAGAAGUUGAGGAUGUUGCUCUAGCAUGCUGCAGUUAUCAAUCCGAGUACAUGUUUAAGUUGGAACCCCUCAGUGACAGUCAGUCAAAAGAAUUGUUCACCAGUGCAGUAUUUGGCUCGGCAGAACGGCACUCGCGCCAGUUAGAUGAACUCUCAGAUGAUAUCCUGACAAGAUGUGCUGGUUUACCGCAGGCAAUUAUUAGCAUAUCCAGUGUCCUACCAAGCCAUGCGGAAGCAAACACAGCGGAGAGCUGGGAGCAAAUGCAACGCAAUUUGCCAGCAAAUACAGCUUCUGAGGAGAUACUGAAACAAGUGCUGAAUUUUUGCUACAAUAGUCUUCCCAGUUGCCUUGAGACAUGUCUAUUGUAUCUUAGUAUAUACCCAGAGAACUAUAUAAUCUUGAAGGAAGAUAUAAUGAAGCAAUGGGUGGCUGAAGGGUUUGUUUGUGCACCAACAGAGAAAGAGAAAAUGAUAGUUGCUGGGAGCUAUUUUGAUAAGCUUGUCGAUAUGGGCCUGAUCCAACAUAUAGACGUAGGGUAUAGCAACAAGGUAUUGUACUAUGCAGUGCAUCACAUGGUACAUGAUCUUAUCACAUCAAAGUCCAUAGAAGAUAAUUUUAUCACUGUGGUAGAUUAUUCGCAAAGGACAGUACGGUUUUCUAACAAGGCUAGUCGUUUGUCUCUCCAGUUUGGCAGUGCAACAUUCGCAACUACACCAGCAAGUACUGGGCUGUCACAGAUUCGGUCUCUUACUUUUAUUGGACUGAUGGGCUGCUUUCCCAUUUCUAUCUUGGAGUUUAAGCUUCUUCGAUUUCUGAACCUUCAUAUUUGGAGUGAUCAACAACCAAGCACAGGUGUAGACCUCGUGGUUAUUUGUGAAUUGCUUCUGUUGAGGUAUUUGCAGGUCAUAUGCAACGACAUUGUACAUCUUCCACGUCAGAUGCAGGAGCUUGUUGCAUCUCCGUCUCGGAGAAUCCCCAAGUGGACCGGAUGGCUUACCAAACUCUGCAUUCUGAAAGUUGUGGUCAGAGAACUGCUAAUGGAUGACACCGGUAACCUGCAAGGAUUGCCAUCCCUCACUGUUUUGUCGUUGUACGUCAAGCAACGAACUACAGAACAAAUCAUCUUUGCAACAGGAGCAUUCGCCGCUCUCGAAUAUUUUGAGUUCAGGUGUGGUGUAUUACACCACCUGGCCUUUAAGGAAGGAGCAAUGCCCAAGCUUCGGAUGGUUAAGCUAGGUUUCAAUGCUCAUAGAGGAGAAUGGUAUGGUCGAUUGCUUGUGGGCAUUGAACACCUGUCAACCGUCAAGGAGAUUUUUGGAAUAAUUGGAUCAACUGCCGGUGCCGAGGAAAAGGACAUGGAAGCUGCGGAGUCUGCAUUCAAGGACGCCAUUUGCAAGCAUCAUGGUAAGAUCAGCUUAAAAAGGGGAGAUAUUGUUGAGGAAGAGCAGUAUGGUCCUUUGCUUGUGGGCAUUGAGCACCUGUCAAACGUCCAGAAGAUUGCUGGAAAAAUUGGGUCAACAGCGGGUGCCAAGCAGACACCAUUGGCAAGCAUCAUAGUGACGCCAGCUUAA